AUGUACAUAAGUGGGAGAUGUUGUAACAAUGAAAGAUAGACAGGUUGUUUAUUGAAACACGCGUUCUGUGGAGAAAUCACUGAAGACGUUACCGGAUAUCUAAUGUUAUAAUUAACUAUGCAUAACACAAACAAAUGCUAUCAGUCUCCGAGGAGAAAUAGACGGUCUGAAGUUUUCCAUGGCAUACUUGCUGCACACAUAUUUCCUUCGCUUGCCGACGUACUUACCGAGCCAUUGGAAGGGACGGAUGAAUUCGGUCCUUUAGACCUGUCGGUCAGGAACAUGGAUGAAGCGACGUCAGCUCUUUACCCUAGGGGGCUAGCAGAGGAAGAUUUCCUAAAUCCAAACGCUACGGAUAUUCAACAACAUGGCUUAAGUGGAGAAUGCGAAACCGAUAUUCAAGAGCUUUCAUCGCCUGGGGAUCUUUUGGUACCGUUACCGUUGUGGUCAGAGGGCGAUGAUAAAUACGACGAUAAUUGCGAAGUAGGACUUGUCGAGUACGAAAUUAUGGCGUCAGUUGACAAUACUGAUCCACCUUGUUACCCUCACAGUCCAGGUUCCGUAGGCGAUUUGUCUGAUUACAGCUCAGACUGCAGUGUGGAACCAGGACUUGAGACGUGCACUCCAGAAACAAUGAUUGAAUUAGGAAAAGUGGACGUUCGCUCACAUAUGCAGAAUGCCAUGAUGCCAAAGGUGAAGAUUGAACCCCAGAACCUGCCGGACGAUUCUGUGUUUAAACCAUACUAUUGCAGCAAUGGUUACGAAGACGGCAAACGAGAUGUGAUGGAUUUGGUAGAUACGUAUGAAGAGGAAGACUGUAGUAGUGAUAGCUCCAUCAAAUCUGUAGACAAAGAAAAACGCAAACGACCAGGCAGGAAGAAAGGACAGACCUCUAGUGUUUAUCACCUGUGGGAGUUUAUUCGAGAUCUUCUCCAGAAUCCACAACAUUGUCCAAAGAUCAUUAAGUGGGAGGAUGAAGAGGAAGGUAUAUUCCGUGUCCUAAAAUCAACAGAGGUCGCUAAAGAAUGGGGGUCAAUGAAAAAGAACAAGACAGCAAUGACAUACGAAAAGUUGAGCAGAUCUUUGAGAUAUUCCCGAAAGGAAGGCUACUUUGACGACAUCCCGAAAGACAGAGGAUUACCGAAGAAGUUGUGCUUUAAGUUUGGUCCAAAGUCGCAUGGCUGGAAACGACACACGUGAUGGGUCUACUGUGAAUUAAAACUUUGUUUCAAAAGUGCCUGUAUCAGUGACAUAUAAAUAUCCGUUUGUUGACAAAAUUUACUUACAUUCCUUUCGUGGUACGUUUGUUGGCCAUUAUCCACCAGCAGUAUAGAAUGAGUUCUUACACCUAUUAGCCUUCAUUUUAAUGUUUGUAGAUGUAACGAUAGAGUUCCCAGUGCCUUGACAACGAACCCAGAUCUCGAUGUAAUCGUCACCUCACAGACAAUGUUAUUAUAAACUUUGAUCAAGACUUAGUCAAGUGCUAGAAACGACUUGAUGACGUUGUGUUAAGAAGGCAGUAUAAUGAAAGAAGACUAAUUUGAUGCUCGUUAGUUUGUCUGUUGCUUCCAUUGUUGUAUACAUUGUUCUCAUUUGAGAACGUGACAUCGAUAACUUCGAAUGACCAAUAUUUAUAUGGCAUAUGACAGAUGGCAGAAAUUGUCGGUGAAGCAUACUCUUUCGGAACACCUGGUCUUAUUCUCCUUCAGGAGUCUCCAUGGAAUUCUUUCUCUUCUUCAUAUUUGCUCUAGUUUUGUUGAAUUUGAGUUUGGAGUAUAAUUACGUUGAAAUGUUGGUAUUUCAAUGUUGUUUUUUCUCUAUUUUUCUAUACAAUAAAAUAGCGCCUUCCAUAAGAACAUUUUCUAUGUCAGUUUGAAAGAGAAAGGAAUUCGUCGGCCACUAAUUCUUUGUAUAUAUAUAUAUAUUCCAUGACUGAGAAGGGUGGAAACGAAUGGUGACAUUGAGGGUUUAGACCAAUUCUGUAGCAGAAAAGAGUUGGCAGUCCAUGUGUGCCUGUAUGUUCCAUUUCUCAUAGUGUGUUGAGGUUGGUUGUUUCAUAUAACAGACGAGUAAAAAGUAAAACUAAGUGUUGUGGCAGCUCUUUGAUAGUUUAAUGAAUGUGAUUGAGAGAUGUUGGUCUGUUUUAUUAGCCCCAACAUGUAUGUGUGAUAAAGAGAGUUUAUUGGAAAAAAUGUUUGUAUAUAACUGCAAUGUAAAUCGAAAAUGUAUGUUCAUUAGUAUAUGUUUGUAUCAGUUUUCAUGCUAAAACACCACAAUGUUUAUGACCUUAAAGGUUUUAGAAAGUCAAUAAAACAAAAGUACUGGCAGCCAUGUUUGGAAGUCUCGGCGUCCCACGAACUGUACCUAAAAUGAUAGUACAUUACAACUAAUAGACGAUACAAGAUACCCUGGUAGACAACACGUGGUCUUAUUUGUUAUGUUUUAUGCAACUAAUCGACCUAGUUAUAGAUAUUUUGUUACAAGUUGAUAACUUCUUGUAUGUAAUAUCAUCGCUGCUGGCUGUUGCUAUCCAUUUACUCCGGUUAGUGACAGGUUUUAUUGACCCGAAUAUGUCAAUCAAGUGUUUACUGAUGUAUGGUGGUAUACGAUAGUGUGUAAUAUGUACUUAUUUUUCACUAUUACAAGGUGCAGCAACCUUUGACAAAGAUUGGCUUUAGGGACCUGCUGGCUGAUAUAGAAUUCUCGACUUUAUAGUGUAAUCAGUGGUUAAUAUGUUGUAAAUAUUAAAUAGUGUAAAACACUGAUAUAUCCGUCUAUGUGUAUUUGUCGUAAUGUCAUUUUUACAAAUGAUUCAUGCUGAAGAGACUUCGACCGUUAAAUCGAUCGAUUUUUGCCGAAAUCAAUCAAACGUUAUAUGAAAUAUUAAUUAUAAUUUGUUUUUUUAAUAAAUACAUUUUAUCAAGA